AGUUGCAGGACAACGUGACAGUCUUCCGUACAAACGAAUUGCUGACAAAUUACCACCACCGGGAGUCAGCGCCUUGCUUCGUUCUGUAGUGCUCAGCAGUGGCGAGCAGAAAUAAACGGAGACAUGUCGGCAGUUAAUGUAUUGUUGAUUAACGAGAGAGAGAGAGAGAGGUGAUGAUUUGAGAAGGGUCUCUCUGAUCCGAGAGAGACAAACCCCCAGCUCAGGAUCCCGCCGCUCUCUCUCUCUCUCUCUCUCCCUCUCUCAAUGUCACGAUCCAACACAGGAAAUCUAUCCAGCCGGCUUCCUUUCGCUCGGGGAGGGAAGGUUACAAUUAGCUUUUCAUCGAGGGCACAUUCGGCAGCGCACUGAAUUCUCCAGGAGAAAAGCAAGACAUCGGAUCUCAUGGAUUUAAAGCGAAAACCAACGUAAGGAUUCCAGGGAGAAGGUGGAUGCUCUGGAUAGAUACAAUGGCUGAUAUGAGGUGUAUGACGAAUCCAAUCCAUGAAAAGCAGCUGAUGAAUGUGUCCAAGCCGUCGGGUCCAUCGACUGGAAGAUUUGCAAUUGAUUGAAUGCACUACCAUGCAUUCACACCUCAGGCUGUCCACACCUGCACCACUCCUAUUGCCAUCGAGACCCCUACAACGAUCCAAAUGAUGAACCUUUACUCAAGACUCCACAUCUCAGGCAUGUCAGGUAUUCUCAAGGAUCCAUGAUCUCCAGAGAUAUGUCGGCCUUUCUCCAUUUGAUGAAGAGUUACCUCAUUGUCUUUCAUGAGACACAAAGCACCUCAGGCAUCAUUGCACCCAUUACAAGAGCACAGAUGGGAAGAGAUUGCCAGCAGGAAUCAACCAGAUUAUUUAGAUUUAUUAUUGGAGGACUAGGACAAUAGGCGACCACAUUUUGAAGCAGAUUAAAAUAAUGGGGGCUAUUAUACUUGUCGUCAUUUAAUAAGGCGUGUGACCCUUCAGCAAUCUUCAGCCAAGUUACCCUAUUUCUUCAGUCCCGACAGGACAGCCCUGCAAUAGUGGCCUCAGGGUGCUCCUUCACCACGAACAUGGUCCUGCCAGCACCGGACCGGCGGCAUGUGUGCCUCUCCACCAUCGUCAUCAUGAGCAGCAUGGCCUUCAUGGACGCCUACCUGGUGGAGCAGAACCAAGGGCCGCGGAAGAUCGGGGUCUGCAUCAUCGUGUUGGUGGGAGACAUCUGCUUCCUCAUUGUGCUGCGGUACGUGGCUGUCUGGGUCGGAGCUGAGGUGAAGACCGCCAAGCGCGGCUACGCCAUGAUCCUCUGGUUUCUCUACAUAUUCGUCUUGGAGAUUAAGCUCUACUUUAUUUUUCAGAACUAUAAGGCCGAGAAGAAAAACACGGACAUAGUUGCUCGAAAGGCACUGACCUUACUGCUCUCCAUAUGCGUUCCCGGGCUAUACCUCAUCUUGAUCGCUUUGGACAGCAUGGACUAUGUCAAGACUUUCAAGAAGAAGGAGGAUCUAAGAGGACGUCUCUUCUGGGUAGCCUUGGAUUUGCUGGAUAUUUUGGAUAUCCAAGCCAACCUGUGGGAGCCGCACAAGUCUGGCCUUCCGAUGUGGGCGGAAGGCCUCAUGUUUUUCUACUGCUAUAUUCUCUUGCUCAUUCUGCCAUGUGUCUCUCUCAGUGAGAUCAGCAUGCAAGGCGAGCACAUAGCCCCACAGAAGAUGAUGCUCUAUCCUGUUUUGAGCUUAGUAACCAUCAACAUAGUCACGAUAUUCAUCCGGGCGAUCAACAUGUUACUGUUCCGAGACAGUCGGGUCUCGACCAUAUUUAUUGGCAAGAACGUAAUCGCGAUUGCCACCAAGACUUGCAGUUUUGUAGAGUAUCAAAAACAGGUCAAGAACUUCCCAGAAAAUGCAAUAGCUCUCGAGCUCCAGCAGAAUUCCAUCCCACACAAUCAGACCAUCCACAAUACACAGGCUUCCUCACACAACCCAACCCCAACCAGAGAAAUAGUGGACACAUGACAGUGGGCAGUUCAACUAUGGAUUAGGAAACAGAUGCUUUCCAAAGGUGGUCUGGGGAGAGAUCUAAUGGGGAGGAAACACUUCCGGACUCUGAAGAGCAAAGACUGUUCCAUAUCCCAUAAGAAUGCAUGGAUGGGCUGACAGAAAUCAGUGUUCACCCCCUCUCUCACUCGUCCCCCUUCCUGAUGGUUUCCUAUUGCUAGCCUCUUGCUACAACUCAGGCACCAAAAGGAGAGUUUGACAGCAGCUUUGGGAUUGGACCUGAAACAGUUCAAAAGAUUACCUUUGCCCUGGAGCUUGAAGCCACCCAGCGAAGUCACGACAAAGUGUUGUUUUUUUUUCUCAUAAUGAAUGAUAUAUUGGAUUUGUCAUUCCUAAGACUCAAGACUUUAAAUGUUCAAAUUUCUAACAUCCGAAUAAACAUGUUUACUAUGAUG